AUGUGCAUGGACGUUGUUGGUCGGAUGUAUUUGAAGGAAAUUCAUUAUCUUGGCCGAAAACUCAAGAGCAGCAAUCCGUUCUAUUUAAUAAGAGAGGCUAAAGCACGACGUCGUCGGGCUGCGAUGGCUUCUCUGCUGGCACAGAUCGCCAGAGGCAUGAUAUUCGCCCACAGGGAUUACGAUGAACUAUCCCGGAAGAAGUCCAAAAAGAAGCGAACCAAACGCCAUGGAAGUCACAUGCUGCCGAAUGAGAAAUUCAUGUUCGCUCGUCUGCCACCCGAUCCUCCGUCUGAUUGUCAGGUAAUCAGUACUUCUGCGUACUCAGUGCGGAUUGCUUGGGCGCCGGCAUUUUCAACUGAAUCUGAUCUCACUUAUAAUAUUCGCUAUCGCCUCAAGCACAACGAAGACGGGAAGGUCCGUGAAUUGCGAGGAGUUAAAGGUAACACUGUGGAGAUCAUGAGCGUAGAUUCGUGUUCCCUCUACGAGUUCCGCAUCACCGCUGUCAGUAAAUACGGUGAAAGUAAACCUAUUUACCUAGUCCAGUAUACAGAGCCUCAGCUGAGUCCUCAACACAUUUUGGCCACGAAACUUCAUGCGAAUACCAUUGAGCUCACUUGGGAACCACCGUAUAAACGAACGCAUGAUGUCAAGAACUAUAUAGUCUAUUUUACGGAAAAUCCGAACGCAUCGUUGUCGGAAUGGGAGAAGAUUCCGGUCAAUGGCAGGCGGGUAGUGUUCCCGGAUCUUCGUUAUGAUUGGUUCUACAUGUUCAGUGCUACAGCGGUUUUCAAAGAUGGACAACGAUCACCGCUUUCAAGAGCGCUGUUCGUCAAAACCGACAAACUGGAGUUCCAUAAGCAUUGUUAG